UUUUUUUAUUAGUCCACACGAGCUUUCUCUUUUUUUUUUUUUCUCAUUUAAACACACAUGAAACGUGCCUUGACAGAAAGAGAUAAUAGUUUGCUCUCUGAAACUAUUAGACGAACUCGAUUCAUUACUCCUUUCAAGAUUGUAUUGACAAGUAUGAUAUAUGAAUUCUGUCACUUCCAAAUGUUCCCUACUGCCAUAGUACCCAAGGCUGUAACUUAUAUGGUUCAAACUUUAUUGGAAUACAAAGAUGCCUACCAAGAACCUAGCUUACAGGAUGUCUAUAGAGCCAUAUUGACUUUUGAUGAUCCUCCCAAUAAUAUUGGUGCUGGUGUCCUUAAAUCCUUUCAAAAAAAGCUUCUUGACAUUAAGCAUCCUGACGAACUCACUCACUUUAUGAAUCGACUUGAAAGCGUUCUGGUAGAAAAGGUUGACGAAACUGGCGAAGAUGUGACCGUAUUGGACGCUGGUAGUGUAUUUGGUAUGUUUGUACGUCGAUGUCGCAUUGAAUAUUUUCAAGCAUCGAUUGAUCAAGUGACGGAAAUCUUUGAAAUUUAUCGCGGAUAUGUUACUCAAACAGCAGACGAUCGUCAAUUGGAUAGAAUGUUGAUGAAUGAAAAGUAUGGUCGUGACGUAAGCGAUAGUAACAAGAAAAGGAAAUGGAUGGACACGUCUACUCCAACUGGAUCAUUGGAAGAUAUUGGAUCAUCAAGUAUAUCUACUCGGUCAUCACAUAAAGCAAAAGAUCCCUUGCAUUUAAAUGAUUCUUACAAAUUGGGAGGGUGGUUAUCUGAUACUCAAAUGGACAACUUUUUGAAUCAUCAAGCUGAAUUGAUUGAAAAGACUGGUACAAGUGAUAUUCCUCCAGCAUCACUUCAUCGAUAUUUAGAUUAUCUACAAAAACAUGCUCCUGAUUUAGCAAAGAUCCAUCAAGUCAGAUUUUUGAAUUAUAUCCGUACUGCUGACUAUGAAGGUGCUGUUUCCUGUCUCCAUAUGUACUUUGAUUACUGUUUUUUACCUCGCGAAACACCAAUGUAUCAUUAUGCAUUACUAAAUCUUGGUGUCUUGGAAGCAAAAUUUGGACAUACUCGGCAAUCUUUAUAUGCAUUGGAAGAGGCAGUAAAGGUAGCACGUGAACAUCAAGAUGAAGAAUGUUUGAAUGAAAUACAAAGCUGGAUUUACUUUGUUAAAGGCUCACUGGAUGAUCAACAUCUACUUGUCGAUACUUUGGAAAUUGCUGACAAUGAUACCCCCAACAACAUGGAUAACAGCAUCUAUUUUAAAAGCAUCUACAAAUUAUCUCAAGUACAAGAUAUGGUUCAGCAUGGUGACUUACCUUACAAGGUGUUUGAAACACUAUUCCAAUGUAACAUUCAACCAUCCAUCCAUGGAAUUGGUUAUCUCUCUUUACCUUACAAUAUGAUUAAGUAUAUGACAUGGAAACAUUAUGGUAACUCGGUGCUUGCUGACACAUUUAUCAAAAUGGCGUUGAAGGAACAUGAAGGAACAGCAGAGGAUAAGAGAAAAUUAUGCAUUUUGACUGCCAACAUGUCUUUCUCAGUAGGUGAUCACGAGAAGGCGAUAGAUAUUUUGCUCAAGUUUGCUGAAGAAUACCCUGAUCAAACAGCCAUGUCCUUGGAAUGGAAACAGGCUUAUAAUAGAAUCCACGACUAUAUGAAUCAAAACAAUGCUCUAGAAGAUAGUGUUGAAGGUCAAAUCAAUCAACUGAAUCUGUUACAACCUGGAAAACGACAAACUUAUUUGGAAGCUUUACAUGAACAAGCCGAAACUUGUGUUGCACAAGAGGAUUAUGAAACGGCCUUGCAUAUUUUGGAAGAAACACAUCGAGCUUUCAAGGAAACAGAUCAUGCCUCUCUAUCAGCAAAAAACCUCAUUCUUCGUGCUCAAAUAUAUAUCGACAAUGAACAAGUGGAAACUGCUAUUAAUCUUUUACAAGAAUCGUUGACGAUUUGCAAGAAGGCACAUGAUGCAUUCAAUUAUUACUGUACGACAAUUAAGCUUGCCAAUGGGUAUCUAUUACUGUCCAAUGAUACUGAAAAGGCUUUAUAUUUACUUGAAUGCUGUAUACCCAAUGUCAUGAUCUUAGGAUCACCUCCAUUGAUAGAUGAAAUGAAUUCUGUUUACAAUAAGGCAUUGAAAUCCCAUCGUGAUGAUACCAUAUUUUACUGAAAAUGUCAUGCGUGCAGUUUUGUUUUGAAAAAUGUUGGAAACUAACUUGAUGCUUUUUUUUCCCCUACUUCUUUCUUUUAUUUGUGCUUCUCUUUGAUCCUUCAAUAAAUCAUCACGGGGUCCGUCCACUGCAUUUGAUAUCCUUUUCCUUCCAUAUGAAUGUUUUUCUUUGUGAAUCAGUAGAAUAGUGUUAUUUAGAGAUGAUAGUACUUGACAAUAAAUACAUAUUGAUUAUACUUGGAAGAUUUCUGUUUUGUGGAUGCUCUGUAGGAAAUGAUCAAAGGUGGGAUAGAGAAACAUAUCAUUUGAUGUCUAUUUUCCGCGCAUAAUCUAGAACCAAAG